GGCACCGUGGGCAUGUACUGUACUGGCUCUCUGUUACCACAGACACCCAUUAAGAAUGUUCUAACACAGAUAUACAGUAUAUGACUCGGUUAAAUGUUUCAUGUUAUUAGAAGUAAUUUACCAUAAUAUAACCAUUAACUCCGUAAAAAAAGUGAGGUCCUCUGCGCUUGUCGACAGUCGUCAGACCCAAAUAGUCUUGUCAACAAACUCACGUGACAGGAAUAGCCGAUGUACUGUAGAUAUUGAUUAAACUUGUAGAUUUGUACAUCAGUGCUAAGGAAGAUCAUGAGUACCCCUAAAGUUGUCGUGAUAGGCUCCUGUAUGACAGAUCUUGUAAGUUACACUCCUCGACUGCCUGCACUAGGUGAAACAAUUCACGGUCACCGUUUCAGUGUGGGUUUUGGUGGAAAGGGUGCAAAUCAGUGCAUUGCAGCAACCAGACUCGGAGCCACAACAGCAAUGGUUGCUAUGGUUGGAGAUGAUUCAUUUGGCCAGAACUAUUUACAAAAUUUCCAUGACAAUGGUGUGAACAUUUCUCAUGUUGGAGUGACAAGUGAAGCAGCAACUGGUGUGGCACCAAUUGCAGUUGAUGAUGCAGGUGACAACUGUAUCAUCAUAAUAGCAGGAGCAAAUUUAAAGAUGACAGCAGCAAACAUAGAGAAGGCAGAAAAGAUGGUAAAGGAGUCAACAGUGGUUGUCUGUCAGGGAGAGAUCACCUCAGAAGCCACUCUUGCUGCUCUUGUAAUGGCACGUAAACACAACGUUACAACUUUGAUGAACGCUGCUCCAGCUGAUGCUAACUUAGACCCAGCUAUCAUAGAAAAUUCAGUCAUUUUUUGUGUUAAUGAGAGUGAGGCUGAAGUCUUAACUAAAAUUCAAGUUAAAAGAGUGGAAGAUGCUCAGCUUGCUGCCAAGAUACUGUUAACACGAGGUUGUCGUAGUGUCGUCAUCACACUGGGAGGGGAUGGGGCUGUCUACUCUACUCUUGAUGAACAUAUUUAUGUCCCUGCAGAUAAAGUGACUCCAGUAGACACUACUGGUGCAGGUGAUGCCUUUGUGGGAGCCUUGGCAUACUUUCUAGCAUACCAUCCACAACUUACCAUGGAGGAAAUGAUGCAGAGGUCGUGUAAGAUAGCGUCUGUGUCUGUACAAGCAGCAGGCACACAGAGUAGCUACCCAACCAGGGAUAAGUUACCUAGCCAUUUGUUUGUAUGAUUUUUACAUAGUGUAAUUCACAACACAAUUUGGAAAGUAUAUCUUCAAAACCAGAUCUUAUUGAA